AUGAGCCGGGCGGCGGCGGCGGCGGCGCUGCUGCUCUGCCUGCUGGGCUGCAACGUGUGGAAGGCGGUGACGAAGACCUUAGGGGCGGCCGGGGCGGCUCAAGAAGUGACUCUAAAGGUCCACGUAAGCGAUGCCAGCACACAUCAGCCAGUCACCGAAGCCUUUAUUGAGAUUUUUACCAACCAGAUUCCCAUUGCCUCUGGAACCUCAGGAGCAGAUGGCACUGCCUUCAUCAAGUUUCAGUAUAAGCUGGGAAGUCAGCUUAUAGUUACUGCGACUAAACAUGCUUACGUGCCAAACUCUGCACCAUGGAAACCUAUAAGAUUGCCUGUGUUUUCUUCUCUGAGCCUUGGCCUACUUCCUGAACGUUCAGCUACUCUAAUGGUGUAUGAAGAUGUUGUACAGAUAGUCUCAGGAUUUCAAGGUGCACGGAUUCAGCCCCGAGUUCAUUUUCAGAGGAGAGCUCUCAAGCUGCCAGAGAAUACCAGCUAUAGUGACCUCACAGCAUUUCUUACUUCAGCUAGUUCACCUUGGGAAGUGGAUAGUUUUCCUUAUUUACAAGGAUAUGAUGGCAAUGGAACCGGAAAUAACACUAGGUAUGAUCUUACUCCUGUCACUGCAGUUAGUGUUCACUUACUCAGAAUUGAUGGGACUCCAGUUCCAGUGAAUGGGCCCAUCUUUGUAACAGUGCCUCUCCCAACCAACAGCAACUUGAAGCACAAUGCCCACGUGCCCGCUUGGAGGUUUGACCAAAAAUUCGGGACAUGGUUGAAGAGCACUUUAGGUGCCAUACAACAAGAAGGAAAUGAGAUGACCUGGACGUACAUUGCCCCUCAGCUGGGGUACUGGGUUGCAGCUAUGUCACCCACUAAUCCAGGUCCCAGUGCACCCCAGGACAUAAGCACUUACCACACAGUGAUUCUUUUGGCAAUUCUAGGAGGGAUGACACUUAUACUUCUUGUUUUACUGUGCCUUCUUUUGUACUAUUGCAGGAGAAAGUGCUUAAAACCACGUCAACGCCAUAAGAAACUGCAGCUUUCCUCAACGCUUGGUUCUAAGAAGGAUCAGUCAACCUCUAUGUCCCAUCUUAACUUGGUAUUUUCACGACGUGAAUCAGAAUUUCCUGGUGGUCUGUCUGCUGCUAGCCAUGGACACACAGAAUCCUCAGGUCACAAGGAACUGUUAGGGGCUGUCCGCAUGGAGAAAAUGUGUCCUGGUGGAGAAGCAGAUAUGCAUACUCCCAUGCUCAAACACGCAUACAGCACCUCACAGGAAUUUAGUUCCCGAGAAGAUUUGCUUUCCCACAAGGAGAAGGACCAGAGCAGGAUGUCUCUCAAGAAUAAUACUUCUAGUGACACUUUGCAGAAAGACUACCUUAAGUCUGUGGAUGCUUUUGGUACCAACCCAAGGAAAUCUAUGGAAACAUCAGAAGGAUACGACACCACUAACAAGGAAGAUCACAGGAGGAGUUAUAAUGCAGUGUUGUCUCGGCCUCUAUUUGAAAAGCAAGAACAAGCAUCCAUGAACCAUCUUUCUACAGGAAGCAAAUAUAACAUUCAGGAACAACUGUACCCUAUCCCUUCAGCCCCUGAAACAGAACUACUUGACUGCAGACCCACUGAAUGUAUGAUGUCUCGCUCUGUUGAUCAUCUUGAAAGACCAACUUCUUUCCCUCGGCCAGGCCAGCUGGUCUGCUGUAAUUCUGUUGAUCAGGUUAAUGAUAGUGUUUACAGAAAAGUGUUGCCUACGUUAGUCAUCCCAGGUCAUUAUAUGAAACUUCCUGGGGAACAUCCUUACAUUAGCCAACCUUUGGUUGAUCAACAAAUGGAUAUCGAAAGACUCCAAGCAGAAAUGUCAAGCCCUCAUUCCCAGCUUUUUUCACAUUCCCAGCAACAGAUGCAGCCUCAACAGUUGGCAGCCCAAGCAAUAUCUCAACAACAUUUGCAAGAAGCUGGUACAAGCGAAUGGAGCCCCCAAAAUGUAUCUAUGUCUGAAUCAGUAUCCAUUCCUGCAUCACUCAAUGAUGCCUCUUUGGCCCAAAUGAAUAGUGAAGUGCAGCUUCUGACGGAGAAAGCUCUAAUGGAAUUAGGAGGAGGUAAGCCUUUGCCUCAUCCUCGAGCAUGGUUUGUUUCUCUAGAUGGGCGUUCAAAUGCUCACGUUAGACAUUCAUACAUUGACCUGCAACGAGCUGGAAGGAAUGGAAGCAAUGAUGCUAGUUUGGAUUCUGGUGUUGACAUGAACGAGCCAAAAUCGGCACGAAAGGGAAGGGGAGAUCCUUUGUCACUACAGCAGUUUCAUCAACAAGUGCAAGAACAUCCGCAGAAAGAGCAAAAAGUUCCAGAGAGUUCUUACACACAACUUGUAUAUUUGGAUGAUAUGGACCAAAGUGGCAGUGAAUGUGGAACUGCAGUGUGCAGCCCAGAAGACAGUACUCUGCGAUGUCUGUUGGAAGGAGGCAGCAGAAGAACGGGUGGCCAGUUACCCAGCCUGCAGGAAGAAACAAUUAAAAGAACUGUAGACACCUCACCAGAGCCUUUAACCAGUCCAGAACAUGGAAUAACUAUCCACAAUGAAGUUGUUGGUGAUGAUGAUGAUGAUGAUGACGACGACGAUGACGACGAUGACGACCAAGGAGAAGAUAAAAAAAGUCCUUGGCAAAAGCGAGAGGAAAGACCACUCAUGGCUUUCAAUCUAAAGUGAGCUACCAUAAAUCCAAUUUUUUCCCCUCGGAAUAUAAAAUUGCCA